AGCCAUUGAUAGAGGUACGAAAGGCAAUGCAUCAAGAACUGUUGGUUCCUCCUCUAAGCACGUGGUAUUCACUUGAAUAGAUAUCAAGAAGACCUGCCCGAUCGGCAUUCAAGGAGAGGAGUCAGAUCCAGGGGAACUCACGAUCUAACAGUAAUUAGUACUCAAAAAACAUGCUCCCUAUAGGACCAAAUUUUGAAAAUGUCCCUACUCAUUAAGAUCCUCACUGUGAAGCUAAGCACCAACUCCCGCAACUGCCCCUGCCAUCUCCCCUGAAUCACCCUCUGCAAAUCCAUCCUGCCCUGCAAACACUCCGUCUCCUGUCUGACUUCUCCGCAGCCACCGUCGCCGCUGCAACUUUGUCCCCUCUCGCGAGUGGCGAUUCUUCCCGAUCCACCAUCCUCGCCUGAUGUUUUUUGGGUCCUGUCGGGAAGAAUAAAAAACGUUAAAGAAAUAUUGGGAGGGAGGGAGGUAUUGUCAAUUUUGAAUAAAAAAAAGAGAGAAGAGAUGACGAUUGAAAUUGGGAUUGAAUAUAAAAAUAGAAGGAGAGAGACGAAGAGGGGACUGGUUUAAGAUAAGGUUGUAGGUUUCUAUCCAAGAAAAACAAAAAGAAGAGAAGGUUGUAGGUGAGUGAUUGACAAUUGACAGGCAUCGGCUAACAAAGAGUUGCUGGAGAGUAGAGUAGUUACUCUCAUAUUUUCUGACCAAAAAAAAAAAAAAAACUCAAAUUCUCAACUUGGAAAGUAUUCAGGCCAUUCUCCAAAGUGUCAGCUUCUGCAAUUUUUAAAAUUUUUCUUGGUGAAGGAAAAUGGCAGAUCGUGAGAAGGUUUUUCGUGUUUUUUGCAUCGGAACAGCCGAUACCAAGCUGCAGGAGCUCCGAUUCCUCUCCGACUCCGUCAGAUCCCAUCUUGAGAUUUUCUCUAAGAGUUCUGCAGUGAAGGUUCAAGUGGUAGUGGUUGAUGUUUCUACUGGUCAACAGGAAACAGAAAACUUGGGAGAUUUCCCAUUUGUUACUAGAAUGGAGGUUCUUUCUUGCUAUUUCGGGUUAGAAGAGCAACCGUUAAAGAAGCUUCCAAGUGACAGGGGUCUGGCAGUUGCCAUGAUGAGUGAAGCCCUUAAACAUUACCUGAAGAGAACUCAAGAAGAUAAUGUUUUUAGUGGAGCUAUUGGCCUUGGAGGCAGUGGUGGAACAAGCCUAAUAUCCUCUGCUCUAAGAUCUCUUCCAAUUGGAGUGCCAAAGGUCAUUGUAUCAACUGUAGCUAGUGGACAAACUGCUCCUUAUAUCGGAACCUCAGAUUUGAUACUAUUCCCCUCAGUAGUAGAUAUAUGUGGGAUUAACAGUGUAAGUCAGGUUGUUCUAUCAAAUGCUGGAGCUGCUUUCUCUGGAAUGGUGGUUGGAAGGCUAUUGGGAUCCAAAGAUUCUGAUAAGAUGAGUGAAAAACCUACAGUUGGUAUAACCAUGUUUGGGGUGACAACUCCAUGUGUAAAUCUUGUUAAGGACAGACUGUUGAAAGAAGGUUAUGACUCACUAGUUUUCCAUGCCACUGGAGUUGGUGGAAGGGCAAUGGAGGAUCUGGUCAAAGCAGGAUUAAUACAGGGUGUUUUGGACAUCACAACGACGGAAGUUGCUGAUCAUGUAGUUGGAGGUGUGAUGGCCUGUGACAGUUCUCGUUUUGAUGCUAUCAUAGAGAAGAAGGUUCCAUUGGUUCUGAGCAUAGGGGCCUUGGAUAUGGUGAACUUUGGAGCUAAAGAUACCAUACCUUCGAAUUUUCAACAAAGAAAUAUUCAUGAACAUAAUGAGCAGGUUUCACUUAUGCGAACUACAGUAGAUGAAAACCAGAAAUUUGCAGCUUUCAUAGCGGAUAAAGUGAAUAAGUCAUCAUCUAAAGUAUGCAUUUGCUUGCCACAGAAGGGCAUCUCUGCUUUGGAUGCCCCAGGGCAGCCCUUUUAUGAUCCUGAAGCUACUGGAACUCUUAUUUCUGAAUUGGGGAGACUUAUUGAGACAAAUGUAGAUAGGCAGGUAAAGAUAUAUCCCUAUCACAUAAAUGAUCCUGAAUUUGCAAAUACCGUGGUUGACUUAUUUUUAGCGAUUAGUGUCGAGAAUUCCAAAGAUGCUGGUCUACAACAAGAUAGUGUCCUUGAAGACCGUCGACACCUACAUGAGGAACACAUUUCUAAGGGGAACUUGUCAGGCUGUGGAACCAUUUGCUACAGCCCAACUGAUUUCCCUGAUGCAAGACCAGAAACUUUGCAGAGGACUCAGGAAAUACUCAAUCAAUUAAAAGAUCAAAUAAAUAAGGGAAUGCCCAUUAUAGGAGCUGGUGCAGGGACAGGCAUUUCUGCUAAGUUUGAGGAAGAAGGUGGUGUAGAUCUCAUAGUAUUAUACAACUCAGGUCGCUUCCGCAUGGCAGGACGGGGUUCCUUGGCAGGUUUACUGCCUUUUGCAGAUGCAAAUGCUGUGGUGCUUGAUAUGGCUAAUGAAGUAUUGCCAGUGGUCAAGAAAGUACCUGUUCUUGCUGGAGUGUGUGCAACUGAUCCAUUUCGCCGAAUGGACUACUUUCUAAAGCAGCUGGAAUCAGUAGGAUUUUUUGGGGUGCAAAACUUUCCGACUGUUGGACUCUUUGAUGGUAACUUUAGGCAAAACCUGGAAGAGACAGGAAUGGGAUAUGGGUUGGAGGUUGAAAUGAUUGGAAAAGCUCAUAAAUUUGGUCUUUUGACGACACCAUAUGCUUUCAAACGAGAAGAAGCCAUUGCCAUGGCAAAAGCUGGAGCUGAUAUUAUAGUUGCUCACAUGGGGCUCACAACUUCAGGGUCUAUUGGUGCUAAAACAGCCAUCUCCUUGGAGGACAGUGUUGCUCUUGUGCAAGAUAUUUCAGAUGCUGCACAUGAGAUAAAUUCCAAUAUCAUUGUGCUUUGCCAUGGAGGUCCUAUAUCCAGUCCUAGAGAGGCUGAAUUUGCACUGAAGAGAACCAAUGGAGUUCACGGUUUCUAUGGUGCAUCAAGCAUGGAGAGAUUGCCAGUUGAACAAGCUAUCACUAGCACCAUGAAAGAAUAUAAAUCGAUUACCAUAAAGUGAAACUGUUUUUCUUCCCCCCUCAAGUGAUGCAGUUGUGGUGGUAGUCCUCAUUUACGCAUGUAUGAGAGUUUGAUUCUCAGAAAAUAAGAGAGAGAGAGAGAGAGACAGAGAGAGCAGGAAAGAUAACCCCACCCAAAUGAGUUGGAUUCAAUGCCAGACCUCGAAUGUACAUUCAGUUGAGACGCGGUAUCAGUAAGCACAGUGGGAGUGCUCAAAUGCAUUGGUCAGAGAACAAUCAAAUCAAUUAAGCACAUCAAAACCAAAAAUAUCAAAUAUCUUUUCCUGUCA